CGAAUAUUCGUAUUUUGAACGUUGAAGCGCUCGCAGCUUUCGUGCGGAGUAUUUUGCAAUCCAACUAAAAAACGAACGGUUUAAAGUUAAAGACAUAAAACAAGUAUUUAAUCGCAUUUUUCAAGUCGAUAUUAUUACAAAAUAUCUAAAAUAAAGAAAAUAAAGACUAUUUAUAAAAAUAAAUUCUACGGCAAAGCGCUGUGGCGUUGCUGUAACGCCAUGUGCAGCUUAGUGUGACGGCGACCCAGUCGUUUAUGGGACGAACGAUAAAAGAAAAUUAAUUACAAUUCGCAAGAUUUGUGCAAUAAUUGUGAUAGGUGAGCUCGUCGCGCGCCGCAUCUAAAUACAUAUCUGGCUGAGUAUUGUACAUAUAGCGUUGGAUAUAAAAUCAAAUUUGUAAUUCUAAUGACGCUUAAUUGCUAAUUCAUUGACUUGAGCGUUUUACAAGGAAGAAAUAAUAAAAUUUUGCUCACCGCUCGAGUCAGUUAGUUCGUUGGUCAAAGUCAUUGCGCUGACAAAGCGAGUGCAGAAAUUUGAAUUCAAAACCGUACAGUAACUCAGUGUUUGCGCCUUAAUUAACAGUUAAUUGAAUAACAAACUUAAGUGACUUUAUUUUAUUCUAUUUUUUUUUACAAAAUCUAGAAAAUUACAUCAGCGCUGCAGUAUUACAUAAAAAAUAAUAAGACUAGUGGGUUAAGUGUAGAGCGCCAUUUUACAUGCAUAUAUCUACAUAUACAUAAUUACAUAUGUAUGUAUUAGUACAAAAAUAUAAAUAAAUUUUGUACAGCAAUUAGAAAUACAUAUUAGAUAAAAAAAAAAAAAAAUAGUGAACACAACUGUGCCAGUGUUAAUAAUAAAGUGCACAACGACAAAAUGUUGAAAAUAUUCAAGAGCAAGAAAGACAAGUUACCGAAAUCGGAAAUCAUCACCUGUGAGCCGCAGGUGACCAAAGAGCCGCGUACAAAAUGCGGUAAACCGCUAGUAUUGGACAACACACGAUGGGAGAGAAGACUGCAUAAAGAGUUGAUGUCGCUGAUAAAGGAACCGCCACCGGGUGUUACCGUUGAUACCGAUAGUAUAGGACAAAAUUUAUCAGAAUGGAAAAUAAAUAUUGCCGGUUUCGAGGGUACUCUGUAUGAGGGCGAAAACUUUCAGCUGCUUUUCAAGUUCAACAAUAAAUAUCCCUUCGAUUCGCCAGAGGUGACGUUUAUUGGCAAUAAUAUACCCGUGCAUCCGCACGUCUACUCCAAUGGACAUAUCUGCCUUUCUAUAUUGACAGAGGAUUGGUCGCCAGCGCUAUCAGUACAAUCUGUCUGUCUGAGCAUAGCAUCGAUGCUAAGUAGUUGUCGCGAAAAGAAACGUCCACCAGACAAUACACUCUAUGUGAAAACCUGUAAUAAAAAUCCGAAAAAGACUAAAUGGUGGUAUCAUGACGAUUCUGUCUAGUGGAAGGCGAUUGCUGCUGCCGACCGGUUAACAUAUAAGCUAUUCGCUGCACUGACAAACUCAUUGCUGGUACUUAGAAUGGAACUACAACAACAAAUUACGCAAAUAUACACUGAGAGUAAAUUGUCUGUGAAAAAAAUACGUCGACGCGUAAAGCUCAAACGUAAACACGCUUGCGCAAAAUUACAUUAAUUAAAAAAAAUUAUUCAUAUAUUGCAAAAGGAUAAACAAAAACAAGAAAAAAACGAAAGCAAGGUAACAGCUACAAACGACAGCAAUCAACAAAAAGAAAGUCGCUUGAGUUGUGGGACGUUUGAGCUGAAAGCAGUGUUGAGACGUAAAUGUGCGUAGGCGUAAGCGUGAAAAAAUAUCGUAUUUUAAAUUAAAAUUUAUUUUUAUUAUUAUAUAACUUUACUUUACCUUAACAAAACGACAAACGGCAAGAAAAGCAAGAAUAUAAUAUAUCUCUACAUAAAUAAAGAGUAAGCAGCAACUUUGUGAGAUGCAGACAUAGUAUACAUGAAACACACCUACAUAAAUACUGACCGGCAUACUUAACUAAAAAAUAAAUGAAUGCAAACAGACAAUGUAAAAAGUGACUAAAUUUUCGAAAAUAAUAAAAUUAAAUACUUAAAAUGCGAAGCUUGUAUAAAUUUCUAGAUUAAAAUAUGCGAAAAGACAAUUUUUUUUUUUAAACUUAACCUCAAAAUUGAAAACAUUUAUAUGUGCUAAAUAUUUCGAAAGCCAUUGUCUUAAAAUGCCAAGGUUCAGCAUUAUUUAGCUGAAUUCAUGUAAUUAUUUUUACGUUCUUGGCUCUGUUAAACAAUUAGUAUGUCAGUAGUGGUAGUAGUAUUGUAAACCCAAAAAAUUUGUUAUGUUUCUUUAACAAAUUGUGCAAAAGUGGCGAUGACGAUUUUAAUAAUGGCAAAAACCGCUUUGCCAAGGCAGCAGGAACAUUCCACUAUAUGUUUGCUGAAAGUGCAAUAAAACCAGAAGUAUGCAAUCAUUAUUUAUUUGGAAGAGCCGGUAUGAUUAAAGUAAUUAUCCGAUAAAAAAAAUAUGUAGGUAUGCUUAUGAAAGUAAAACUGAAGAGAAGAGAAAGAAAGCGAUAUAAAAGUAAUUAAAUAUAAUCCACGGCUGCAUAAUAACUAACAUAAGUAAUAGAAAUUUCUUGAAAUGCUAACUUUUUUCGAGCAACCAUCAUUACCUUUGUCUGCGCUUUAAACAUCAAUAUCUUUACUAAGUUUGCUUAGCGUUACUAAUGUAUGUUUGGUUUCUUUUGCAUAGUAAGUUUGUAGUUCUAACACUUUGGUGCAAUUCUAAUGUAUCAUUUGUAUUCUUAAUUUUGAGUUGUCAACUGUUCUGUUGCCAUUUCAGUACAUUUGUGAUUUCCUUUUCUAAAUGAUCUACUUAUAUAAGAUAUGCGUAUACACAUACAUACUUACUUACUUAUAUGCAUAGUGUAUUAAUUACAUUUUCCUUAUAAAAUCAGUAAUUGCCAAUUCUUUAAUCAUACAUCUUAGACAUACAUACAUACAUAUAUUUACCUGUAGGAUGCGGUAUAUUGCCGUUCUAUUAAAUAUGUAUGUGAUAAUUUUAUAUCUCUCCACGCGUAAUUAUAACUUUGUAAUAUUGUGUUUGUCCUUGUGUACUUUUGAUUUUUUGUUUAAUAUAUGCAUAUAUUGUAGUUAAGUCGAUUUAAGUGUAAGUCAAACUUAAAGUAUAAAAUUAAAAAAUGUGUAACACGUCUUGAAACAAUCUUAAUAAUGCAAGUAAAUGCGUGUCAUUGUCAAGUAUUCAAAAAUAAUAAAAAAAAACGUAUGAUUAUAAUUCAUACAUAAAUAUGGAAACAUAAA